AGGAGACAAUUUUGAUGAUCGUAUGGAGUUCCAUCGUCCUUAACACGUGUCAGCACCUUGUUAGUUCCCGCCUAAUUUUCAAUUCUACCCUUUUCCAUUCUUAAGCUAAUUUCCAUUACGUACGACAACAGCGUUUUUUCCAUUCUUAACAUUCUUAAAGCAAGGCCUUCUUGAUCUCUCUCCAUCCCUCUCCCCUUCUUUCUCGCUCUCUCUCUCUCUCUCUCUCUCUCUCUCCAAUUCGUUCAUUUCUAGCUUCGGAUCUGAUUAUCCCCAGGUCUCGAUUAUGGCUGAGAAGGUUACAACAAUGGUGCUGAAGGUGGACCUUCAGUGUCCUAGUUGCUACAGGAAGAUCAAGAAAGUUCUUGCCAAAUUUCCCCAAAUUCGAAGCCAGGCUUAUGACGAGAAGCAGAAUACGGUGACGAUCACUGUAGUAUGCUGCUGUCCGGAGAAGAUUCGUGACAAGUUGUGUUGCAAAGGUGGGAAAACAAUCAAGAGCAUUGAGAUUAAACCGCCUCCACCGGCUCCGGUAUGUUGUGGGCAAUGUUACAAGGGUAUCCCUUGGGGCCCAUGUUAUGAGGGGUAUGGGAGGCCAGUACCAUCCUAUUAUGGGUAUGGGUAUGGUCGGAAUAGGGCUUGUUAUGGAGUAAGUCGUUGCAAUGAGUACUUUAAUGAAGAAAACACUUCUGGUUGCACAAUCAUGUGAUGGUAGUGCUUCCUCAUGAUCAAGCUUUUUUAUUACUUUUGUUGAAAAACAAAAAGCAUACUUGUUUGUGGGUAUAGGGGGGGGGGUGUUUAACGAGUUUGGUAGUCUGGCGGUGGUGGCCAAAUAGUCAAUUGAGAUGGGGUUAUAUGGUAAUAUGCAUGUAAUGAUCUUUGGUUAGUAAGAUUCUUCGUUAAUCA